GAGGGGCCGGGGCAGUUGGCAGCCGGAAGUGUCGGCGAAGCGGCCGCGUGGGGAGCAGGGGCGACAUGGGCCGGGGACCGGGACAGAAACCGGGACAAAGAGCAGGAUCGGGACAGGGACCGGGACCGGGCCGGGGACAGAGACAGGGGCAGGGACAAAGACCGGCACAAAGACCGGCACAAAAACCGAGCCGGGGCUGGGAACAGGGGGGUAGACCGGGACCGGCCGCCCCGCACCGCGGCAGGAAGGAGAAGCAGCUGCAGAAUAAGUUGGACAACAUGAAGCCCAAGCACCCCGAGGAGCAGGAGAUCCCCUUCCGCCUGCGGGAGCUCAUGAGGAGCCGCGAGGCCAUGAAGCGCCCGGGGCCCGGGAAGAGGCGGGCGGCAGAGAAGAAGCAGCAGCCCAAGCCAAAGGGCCCCGAGGCGCCCGGGGACAUCCCAGUGCCCAAGUUCAAGAGGGGGAAGGGAGAGUCCGAGCGCUCCUACGUCUGCCGCAUGGAGCACGAGGUGCAGCGCAUCCUCUUCCUCACCAAGAACCAGCUGCAGCGGGAGCCUGAGAAGGAUGCGACAGCAUCAGAGAAGUCCAAGAGAAAGAAAGAGUUUCAGAAUAAGAAGCUGGAAAAAGCUCGGAAGAAGAAGGAGGAGAAGAAAGAGGCCAUGCUGGAGAAGAGCCGGUUCCAAGACACGGUGGUGUUCGGUGAAGUGGUGACGCAGCCGCCAACCAUCACCUCGCGGCCCAGGGGCCAGGGCCCAGCAGAACAGGCUGGACGGAAGCGGCUGCUCCUGACGUCUCGCCUGGGCCAGAGCCAGGUGUCCCCGGUGUCCCCAGCAGCGCCGGUGUCAAUGGCUCGCCGGCGUAUCGUGGCAGAGGAGCGAGCGCGUGUCAUCCAGGCCUACCGGGACAUCCAGCGGCGCAAACAGCAGCAGCGGGAGGCGGCGCGGGGCCGCGGCCGGGCCGGACGAGGGGUCCCCCGCUGAGCCCAACUGGGGGGAGCUGGGCCUCCCCGGCCUGAGGAGGGUGUGCGGGCAGCGUGCAGGCAGCACGGGACCCUGGGACUCGAGGAGGGUGGUUGUCCUGACCCCGCUCUUGUGUUGCCGUUGCCUGGGGCUCCCCGCAGCCCCACACCUCGGCUUGGGGCACCCCUGGGCUCGGCGCUGGUGCUGGGACCCCCGCGGUGCCACGGACCUGUUUGUAUAAUAGUAAAAGUGCCGUUGAGUGCCAA